UCUGAAACUUCUCUGUGUUUAAGGUUGUCGUAGCCUAGUGGAAUCAUCAACGAAGCGUACUUGGCGAAUUCCGGGUUCAGACAGCCACUACCCGGUUCCCCCAGGGCCUUGCUUGGGCAGAGAGGGUAUAUACUGUGUUACGGCGGAAUGACCUUUCCCUUGUUUCUGCUGCUCAGCAAUGAACUUUCAACCCUUGGUCUUUUCCCAAAACAUAUUACAGGGUUUCAUUAAGGGCGUCAUGAGCUCUUUAAAAUAUUGUGGAAUUAACUGCGUGGGUUCAAAUGCCACCAUGGCAGGAUAGGGUGCCUUCACCAAUUCCCCUUCCGUAUGCAAGGCUUUUAAUAAGUGAAUCCAAAGAGUGAGGAAACUGAGAAGUUAGGAAGUCAAUGUUGGUAUUAAUCAUAUAGAUUGUAGGGUGAAUAGACAGUUGUCGCAUGAUAAUAAUUAUUGCUUUACUAUUGUCAACAAAGAAUUUUUACAUCAUCUCAUCUUCCAUAAGCUCCAAGAACUUUCCUUAAGUCACAGUAAGACACGAAAUAUUUUUAGAUUUUGUUAGAUCAUUCAUAUUCAUAGAUCAAGGAUUUGUUUCACUACUCAGACUGGCAUCAUAUCGCAUUUUGAUAAAAGAAAGCAGAUCUGCCAGUCAUAUAGCCAACUGGAUAAAAUUUCAUAUCAUAAUUUAAAAGGAAACAGGUUCGCAGUUUUGUCUAGUAUGAGGAAAGGUAGAGAUUCUAGAAUUCCUACCAAGCGAAAUUUCUGAGGAAUUUUGAUAAAACGGAUGAACAUAUCACUUUAGUUGAAGGCAUAACUUCGAUAAAUAAAAUCUACCGUCUCUAUUUACAGGGUGGAGUAAAGGCUGUGGUGUACACUGAUGUUGUACAAAUGCUCAUAGUGUUCCUGGGGGCUUCUGUUGACCGUUGUGUUUUGCGUUUUAGAGUUGAAGAGCUUUAGUUCUAUCUUCCACACAGCCGACGAAGGGGGAAGAUUAGAGUUCUUCAAGUGAGUUUCUCUAUUUAUUUCGAUCUUAGACUCGUCAAGAGGAAGAAUGAAACUCACUCAGCCUUUUCUAACAAUCAUCGUAAGAUAGCUGAAAGAAUCCACGAAAAUCCCUCUCAUCACACACAAAGAAGUAGCUUGUUCGGUGAAAUGAAUUAAUUGAUAACAUUUACCGAGUGAAAUAAUGAGACCCAUCAUACGAGACAAUUAUGGAGAUUUUUGCUCUGUUGAGGAAGCGGUUAUUAUUUCUUUUGCAGUAUGAAUCCAGACCCGUUCAUCCGACACACCUUCUGGUCUGUUCACUUCAUUGGGGGUUUUAAUAUGGUUUACCUGAUUGGGUUUAACCAACCCAGCUACCAGAGAUUCGCCUCCAUUUCAUCCCUGUCUAUGGCCAAAAGACUCUGCGUGUGGUUCACGCUGAGCCAAUUGGUCAUAUGGCUAUUGAUCUACUUCGCUGGCAUUGCUGCAUACGCAGUAUACAGCAAAUGUGACCCCCUCACUCUCGGGGCCAUAGAAAAGCCAGAUCAGAUUCUCCCUCACCUGGUUCUGGAUAAGCUGUCGCACAUCCCUAGACUGGUUGGUCUCUUCGCCGGAGGUGUGCUCAGCUCUGUCUCGUCAUACGGUAACUCGGCGGCCUCUCUUCUUUGGCAAGAUUUCCUCCGCGAACUGGACGUCUUCAGAGGAAUCUCAGAUGUGAAUGCUACGAGGGUUGUAAAGCUGCUUUCUGUAGUGGCAGGACUCGCUGGCACGGGAAUUGGAGUAUUUGUGGGGCAACUUGGAAAUAUCGCACAGGUUGCAUUUACUGCCACGAAUUCUACGUCCGGGCCAAUCGCUGGAUUAUUCUUAAGUGGUAUCUGCCUCCCAUGGAUCAAUCGUAAGGGUGCUUACGCUGGCUUGGCAGUGUCGCUAACAUUCUCAGCUUGGCUUACAAUAGGACAGUUCGUGAAAGGAACUGGGAGUCCGGAUAAACUGCCCUUAUCUGUGGAAGGAUGUCCGGAGAGUGCAUUCAGAAUUUUCAACACAUCUGUGGAACAUGUGUUAAACUACACUAUUACCUCCUCCUCCUCCUCCUCCCCCUCCUCCGUUUCUGUGACUUCCCUUCCCAGGGACAGGGACUUCUACUCUGUCAGUGGAAAUCAAGAGUCUAAAACUGAGAAACCCGUCUACGAACAGGAACAACAGAUAGAGAGAGAUUUUUAUCACCUCAGUUACUGCUACACCGGCACUUUGGGACUUCUCAUCUCUCUCGCUGUCGGCAGCAUCGUUUCGUUUCUUACAGCAGUUAAGAAGCAGCAUCCGAACUGGUUGUUUUGCAAGUCGAAAAGGAGACUUAAAGAUUCGGAACCCGCUUUCAUCUCCGUCUCCGGCCGUCAGGGGUAACUUUUACUGGUCAGGGGGCUUAAUGGCCAUCGCGAAAUGAGACCGAGCGACGCAGUGGGCUUACGUCAUUGCAAGGUAUUGCUGCAGGAUCCUCUUGCGCUGUCAUUGUUUGUGUUUAGUCUCAAAACGAGGACGGACAAGGAAACUGCGACUCCGAUAAAAAAAGUGAGAGAAAAGGUGAUCAUGGGACGUCGGAUUUUGCAGACAGCAGUGAGGCGUGAUUAUAAGAUUGUCUGCGUCGAUGUGUUCGUCUUGAUUAAAGUCGAAAAUAUGAAUAAAUGGAAUUAUGAGAUCAUAAAUCUCUCUCUCUCUCUCUCUCUCUCUCUCUCUCUCUCUCUCUCUCUCUCUCUCUCUCAUUAGACGAAAAAGUCGAAGCAAGUAGGAGUUAUGAAUGAAAACGAAACAUACGUAAAGAAU